AUGAUCGUGGAACAGGUGAAUGGGCGCCUCAAGACGAAGUGGCGCAUCCUGGACGCCAGGAUGGAAUGCCAUCGCCGCCACGUUCCUGCCACUAUUGCAGCAGUCGUUACUCUCCACAACAUCGAGAUGCUCCUCGGUGUGCGCGCCCGCAUGGAGACGACCUACCCCCGCAACCGUUGGUGGGUCCACGGGCCGGCUGCCGACCUGGGGCACACGGGGAGCGAGGUGGCGGGCUUCACCCCGCCUCUUCGUCGGAAUCGCACUUCCGCUUUCCUUUACGCCUCCUGGCGUCUAGGCCUGACUUCCGCCUCGUCAUCACUCCCGUCUUCCAUAUGCGCAGACGCAGAACGCGCCCUCGCCGCCGUGCGCCCACUACGCAGCGAACCACCUGGACUCCCAUGGAGUGAGGCGGCAACUUUGCGCGCGCUUGGUGAUGCACGGGGGCGGGAAGGCCCCGGCGUAGACACGGAUGGUCUAGCCGCGGGGGCAUUCUGGGGUCGUGCAGUUGUGCUCACGCCCGGCGUAGUCUGCAUCACUGGUGGUGCCGACUGA